AAGCGGCUUGCUGCGUAGACGGCCCGGCCAGCCAGGAGACGCUGGCAUGGGUAGGAGGGACAGACGCAGGCGCAGACACAUCACGAACUACGUCCUCGACGAGUCGCCUGUCGCUGUCGGAUGGAAAUCGUCUUAUGGAGUCGUCGUACGGUACCUAGCGUGACGCGGUGCUGGCGAGGGGGCGGAGAUAUUGCCAGAUUCAGCCGGAGCGCAGUGCGCGCGCUCCAGCUCGGCCGUCCUAAGAGAAGUCCCGCCCUUCCCGGCCGGUUGCGCCCAGUAGGUAGGCAAGAAAGAGAGAUUUCUGCUGCUCUCCUCUGCCCUCCUCUGCUCUGCUCCGCCCUGCCCUACCUCGCUUUCUUGCCGAAGCUUAGCCGCCGGCGUCCUGCACGCUGGCCCUUCGCGCGCUCGGCUCUAUCGUCGCCGCCGUCGCCGUCGCACUCGUGCGCGGGGGAUGAAAUCCGGCAAAAGACAAGAUGCUCCGUCGCCAUAUCGCGAGCAGGAUUUUGUUUUUCCUUGCUGCUCUGGCCCGCGCGAGACAGCUGGCCGCGGCUUGCUUCAAGGCGCCCGGAUGGGAUCUGAACGCGCGUCUGGUCCCAGGUAGGCGUAUAGCACGAGACCUCCUUCAAUGACGAGAUGUGGCCGACCGGGGGGACGACGCAAUAAUAAGUGGAGGGUAGGUGAUUCUACAAAUUAGCCGGCGGCAAAAAUCGGACGGGCGUCCAUCAUUACCUAUCUGUCUCUCUCUCUCUCUGCGUCCGCCUCUGUUUCUCUUCCAUCCUGCCGACGUCGUGAGAGAACCCGGGUUUUCACGAUGGGCGCUGUCGGCAAUUCGCAGCUUUUACCCCCCCUUCCCCCCCUUCCCCCCCUAGAGAUGGCAUAAACAUGCGAAU